AAUCUAGUCAAACGAUCGCCUAUUUUCCCUAGCGUAGUUAGAAACGUCGUCCAAAAUGGAUUCGACCGAGCCCUCUUGCUCCCUCAAAUAAAAUGUCUGCUUUGAAGACUAGAAAAUAAGCUAGAAUUGAUGUUAUGUUACGAUAAUCGACAGAUGACCAAUAUAUGAUGGGCCAAGCACAGUCCACCUGCAAAAACAUUUGCAUGCCUUAAAAAGUCUUUUUUACCAUUUAACGGUAGAUUUUAUACUUUUGGAAUCUCAUAGGGUCUAAGUGUAGUGAAAAUGUGUGAACUGAUGUUUUUGUAAAGUGAGUGAUUAGUGGCUGCGGUGAAACAAGUUGCCAUCACGAUGUCGGAUGAUGAGGACUCUUCGCCUGAGAAGGCGUUAGCGCCUAUUAAUAGUGUGCCUGUGAUCGGCACGAAACGCCUGAAGCAGAUGGACGCGAUGUUCCUGGAGCGCGGCGGGGCCGGGGGCGUCCCACGCUCGUCGCUCAGCGUGGAGACCCUGCUGGACCUGCUGUUGCUGCUGUACGACGAGUGCUGCUGCAGCAGUCUGAGGAGGGAGAAGGCUGUGGCGGACUUUAUACAGUAUGUGAAACCGGUAGCGACCCGUCUCAAGCGCCUCCGCCUGUCCCGCGAAGACUUCGAGCUGGUGAAGGUGAUCGGGCGAGGCGCCUUCGGGGAGGUGUGCGUGGUGCGACAGAGCGACGCGCAGGGCACGGAGGGCGGCAACGGCGCGAGCAGCGACCGCGUCUACGCGAUGAAGAUACUCAACAAGUGGGAGAUGCUCAAGCGCGCGGAAACGGCUUGUUUCCAAGAAGAGCGAGACGUGCUGGUGUUCGGCGACCGGCGCUGGAUCACCAACCUGCACUACGCUUUCCAGGAUGAUAAUAACUUGUACCUAGUAAUGGACUACUACUGCGGCGGCGACCUGCUGACCCUCCUCUCCAAGUUCGAGGACCGUCUGCCCGAGGACAUGGCGCGGUUCUACAUAGCGGAGAUGAUACUGGCGACGCACAGCGUGCACGAGCGGGGCUAUGUGCACCGUGACAUAAAACCAGACAACGUUCUGUUGGACGCCAGCGGGCACAUCCGACUGGCUGACUUCGGCUCUUGUCUGCGUCUGGGGGAUGAUGGGAAGGUACAAAGCAACGUGGCAGUGGGCACUCCAGACUACAUAUCUCCGGAGAUCUUGAGGGCAAUGGAGGACGGUCAGGGGAGAUAUGGACCUGAGUGUGACUGGUGGUCGCUUGGUGUAUGCAUGUACGAAAUGCUAUUCGGCGAGACGCCAUUCUACGCGGAGUCACUGGUCGAGACUUAUGGCAAGAUAAUGAACCACGCCCGGUGCUUCCACUGUCCUCCUGUGGACGAUAACGCGCCUCCGGUGUCAGAAGAGGCGAAGGAUCUGAUCCGCGGCCUGAUUUGCAGCGCCGACACGCGAUUGGGUAGAAAUGGACUAUCUGAUUUUAAGAACCACCCUUGGUUCGCGGGCCUCGACUGGGACAAGAUACGCGAAAUGGCGGCUCCCUACGUCCCCGAUGUGUCCAGUCCUACCGACACUUCUAACUUCGAUGUGGAUGAUACUGAUAUUAGACUAUCAGAAGCAGUAGCCCCCGCCGUCGCCUCAUCAGCCUUCUCCGGUAUCCAGCUACCAUUCGUAGGCUUCACGUACACGGGUGGCAGCCGGCUGUCCGACUUAGGGGCUGAGCAUGCACCGUUAUCUCCGGCUAAGAACGCUACUAGUCAGCAAGCGCCAUCGAAUGCAGUGGACCGCGCGGCGCUAAAAGCACUAGAACGCGAGAACGCGCUCCUAGCCCAGACCAUAGCCGAGCUGCGGGCUGGCGGGGCCGUGUUGGAUGAUCCUUGUGAAGAGCUGAUCCAGCUAAAGGAGGAGCUGACAAUCCUGUCACAACGCAACGCAGAUCUGGAAGCUCAGUUGAGGUGCUACGAACAGCUAAACAGCGGGACCACCGUGCCGGAUUCGGCAGCCCCACAAGAGAUGGUGUCUCGUGUGCGUGAACUGGAGAUAGCCCUCACGGCGCUUAGAGCCGAGAAAGAAGAACUGGCUAAGGACAAGUGCGACGCGUUGGAGAAACUGAAACUUCAGGACAAAGAGCUACGCGACGCGCUAACGCAACGCAAGCUGGCCAUGACGGAGUACAACGAGGUGACGGAGCGGCUGUGCGAGCUGAGGCAACAGAAGCAGAAGCUGUCGAGACAGGUGCGAGACAAAGAGGAGGAACUAGAAGUGGCGAUGCAGAAGAUUGACGCUCUCCGCGCCGACAUAAGGAAGUCUGACAAGGGACGGCGUGAGAUGGAAGCGAGGCUUGAGACUGUCACUCAUGAGGCCACUAUGGAGCGCAAACUACGCGAGGAGGCGCUGCGCUCGGCGCGCGAGAGCGGCGCUCCGGCCGGCGCCGCCGACGUGGCGCGCCUGCAGGCCGAGGUGGACGCUCUGGAGCACCAAUACAAGGAGUCUCUGUCUCAACAACAGUCGCGCUACAACGCCGAGAUGGCGUCAUUGAGGGACCAACUGCAAGAGGCAGAUGCCAUGAGGACGCAGCUUAAUAGAGAGCUCCAAACAACUAAAGAGAAGCUGGAAAGCCGUCGCAUGGAACAAAUGAACGACAGUGAUGAUAAACAGAUGCUGAUCAACGAAAACAGGAAGUUAGCCAAGGAUCUGGAAGCGAUGGCAGAAAACGGUCGUCGCUGGCAAGCCGAGCGUCGUCAGUUAGACACAAGACUGGAGGAGCUGAGAGCCAAGCGAGACACCACCACGCACUGGGAGGCACAGAUAGCAGACAUAAUCCGCUGGGUGGCCGAUGAGAAAGAAGCUCGCGGCUACCUGCAGGCGCUGGCCACCAAGAUGACCGAGGAGCUGGACUAUUUGAAGCACGCGUCCACCCCCCGCUCGUCUCUCCCCUCCCCGUCGCCGGCCACAGCAGGCAACAACGGCGGCGGCGGCGGCUGGCGUAAUAGGAGGUCACAGAAACUGGACAAGAUGGAGAUACUCACGCUGCAGUCUUCACUGCACAGUGAGAUCCAAGCGAAGCAGGCAGUCGGAGAGGAGCUGAGCAGAACAAGAUCAGAACUUUUGGCUAGUCAAAGAGAGCUACUAGAGACCCGCUCCCGCCUCGACUCUCUAUCGCACGAGAUGAAGCGCAAGGAACAACACCUGAGAGAGCUGCAGGCGAGAGGGGCCGUCCCUCACGCCUCCUCCAGGCAGGGAUCCACAAAAUCUUCAACAUAUUGGAGCAGCAAACAAGAAGAAACUGUCCUGGAUCGGCCGCCCUCACAAAUGAGCUACCUCGACCAGUUUCUGAAGGAAGCCCCGACGGAACGGCAUUACGACAAUGUCGCCUCUAUGAACAGCGAGCAGAAGCUGCUAUACGGCUCCGGGCAGUGGGGUGGUCUCAGCGGGUCCGCUGAAUCACAGGAUGAAGAGUUGCGACCCGUAUCGCCGGCGUCCAGCAAGAGCGAGCCGAGCGAGAUGUCGACUGUUAGCGCGCAGGACCCGUCGGUAGCCCCCAUGCUGCCGGGCAAGCAGCAAGUCCAUCAAUUCCUAGUGCGGACUUUCAGUAGUCCGACCAAGUGCAACCACUGCACCUCGCUCAUGAUCGGGUUAGCCCGCCAAGGCGUGGUCUGUGAAACGUGCGGCUUGGCCGUGCACCCUCGUUGUUGCGCACGCGUGCCCCCGCGCUGCCCCCCGCCCCCCACCCCCCGACGACCUCUCGGCAUAGACCCCCGAGCGGGACAGGGGACGGCUUACGAGGGAUAUGUUAAAGUACCAAAGCCUGGAGGCGUGAAGAAAGGAUGGAUGCGACAAUUUGUCGUCGUGUGCGACUUCAAACUGUUCCUCUACGACAUCUCGCAAGACCGAAACGCCCUGCCCUCCGUAUGCGUUAGUCAAGUAUUAGACAUGCGCGACCCUGAGUUCACGGUGUCGUCGGUGAAGGAGUCCGACGUCAUACACGCGAGCAAGCGCGACAUACCCUGCAUAUUCAGGGUCAGCACAACACUUCGCUCGCACACGCUGAUGCUGGCCGAGUGCGAGUCGGAGAAGAGCAAGUGGGUGGUGGCGCUCAGCGAGCUGCACCGCAUCCUGCGCCGCAACCAGCCGCCGAACCGGCAGGUCUUCACAGCCAUGCUAGCCUUCGACUCCUCAACCAUCUCCAACAUCCGCUCGCUGACCUCCGCGUGCGUCCUGGACAUGGGCGGCGUGCUGACGGCGGGCGGCGGCGGGCUCGCGCUGCUGGACGCGGCGAGGCGGGAGGUGACGCCGCGCCGCGCCCACGCGCCACACCACGCCGCCCGCCGAGUGCCAAGAGACCAGCUCAUAGUAACAAUAGCGGGCCGCGGCCGCUACGUCCGUCUGGUCCCGCUUCGAGCUCUAGAAUGCGCCGAUGUCGAGUGCGUUAAAGUACGAGACAGCAAGGGGGCCAUAGACAUCUGUGUGGGAGAGAUCAGCGACCGGGCUAUGGGCUUCGCGUGCGUUUGUAAACGACAGAACGCGUACAUAGUAAAUGUCUACGAGAUAACGCGCACAGCGGCGAGGCGAGUGCGCAUAGCGGAGUUGCGCGCGCCCUCUGCCGUGCUGAGUAUACAACUGUGGCGGGGAGCAUUGGUGCUGGGCCAUAGAGGGGGGUUCGUGAUGCACCAGCUACCUCCGAGAGACACUCCUCCAAUAACUCUAGUCCAUCCCGACAACCAAGUGAACAUGUUCCUGUGUCAUUCAGGGGCGAGGCCUAUCGCCUGUGCUCAGACUAGAGAUGGACAUAGGCUGCUUAUAUUCAACACAUUAGCCCUAUAUGUGAGGGCAGACGGACAUAGGGCCAGGGAUAUAGAGCUGAUGUAUACGCAGCCGCCGUUGCAUCAUGCGAUAAACGACAACUACCUGCUGAUAUUCACGGCGACGCACAUCGACGUGUACGACAUCGAGGCGGGCGAGUGGGUGCAGACCAUCAACUUGCCAAACGCCCGUCCCCUAGACGAGAACGGCUGGCUAGUGCUAGUCACGCCUAGCGCUAACAACGCCUCGCCGUUUUCCUCUGACGCAGGACCUUAUGUCGUCUAUCUACAUACGCCGUAUGCAGAGGGCCCGCUGGAUGUGGAGCAGCUGUGCGCCUCGAGCCGCAAGCGCUUCACCGUGCGCGAGCUGUCGCAUCAAUCUGUUGAAGCGCAUAAUAGAUUAUCGGAGCGUCGCUCCCGCCUAAUCUCCGCCCCGUCAAACUUCGCGCACGUGUCUCACAUGGGACCAGGCGACGGCAUCCGCUCCCAACGUCUGCUGGACUUGCCCACCACCGUCGACACCGCCGACAGACAGAUAUACAGCAGUCGUGACAGCAGUAAACGCACGUCGCCUCUCACUCUGUCACACGGCACGGGCUCUUAUAACGGCUCGUGGCGCGGCCCCCCGCGGCCCCGUGACCAGCCCCCCGCCGUGCCCGCGCCGCCGUCGCCGCCCCCAGACCACAUGCGGAUGGAGAGGUCGAUAGGCGGCGGGUCUCAAGGCAGUGGCUCAUUACUACUAGAGAGAUCCAUCACCCCACUCAGUCUUGGCAGCAUGAGUUCUCUUCAUGAUGUACUUAAGGUGGGCACAGACAUGUGCGACAACUUGCAGUCUGAAGACAGCAGCGGGGGCGGGUCGCCGCCGCACGCCUCCGACGCCUGAUGAACGCAGUGGCCGGAAGGCAUAUCGUCUCGAAUAUACACUUGCUUCUGCUAAGUACCUUUAUUUAUUACUGUUACCGCAAAGUGGACUCUAUCGACGCCGGAAUGUAUGUAACUUGUUCACAAAAUUGUUUGGUUAGUGACUAUGUUAUGGUAGAAUGUGUCCCUACAUUUGGAAUUAAACUAAUGUUACUUA